AUGCGUUCAAUUUCUUCCACGCCGUCGUCUCUCCUCGUGGCUCUCCUCGGAGCCACGCUCUGCGUUGCGCAGGGCCCAAGCCGUACUGAGGUUUGGGGCAACGUGGCCGCAAAGCGCCAAGUUCAACCCACCAGCUUGCCCAACAACUGCAUUUACACCUGCCCCCAGUUCUCCCAGGAGCUCAGUGGCAUGUGCGCCAUCUCGACUUCGCAGUGCGAGUCCGUCCAAGCGGCCGCGGGCACGACGGAUACCGACUACGCCUGUGAGCUUUGGUCCACGACUUGUUAUGCCAACGCGGCACUGUAUGAGGAGCAGUGCACAUCGAGCACCGGCGACUGCGUGACCUGCCCAACCUCUUCACUCCAAGCGUACGACCUUUGCCAGCAGACCCUCACUACCUGCAUGGCCGACGCCACUGUGGUCGCCAAUUCCGCCGGAGGCAUGUACCAGAACCAGUGCCACGUCGCCUACGCUGUCUGCAACUACGAGCUGUCGCUACUCUCUCAAGUUACGCCAUGCGGCGCCAACUGCGAAGCACCUUGCUUUGCUCUGACCGCGCUGAGUACAAUCACUAGCUGGCUUUAUAAGCAGUGCUACGCCGUGACCGGUGCCAGCUCGGCGGCCUGCUACGCCGGUUACCAAGCUAUUCGCGCCGACCUCUUGGCGGAUGUCAACGCUUGCCCGACCGCUAGCGACGGGGUCGAUUGCACCCAAGUCGGUAUCUACAGCCGUCCCUGCAGCAGCAUUAUCGCCGAAAUGCAGACUGCCUUUGAUGUUGGUCUGGCUGCUUGCCAAAGCGGACAGACCGUCGGUUCGGUCACCUACCAAUCAUGCGCCGACCACUGGACUUACGACACUGCUUACAUCGCCGCAUUCGUGUCUUCCUGGGGAUGUUAA